GGAAAUGAAGUGAACAAUUUUAUGCUUCGUUCCUCCUGAAAACCCGGUGUUUUGGGUUGAUUGUUCAAUUUGACAUUGUUUAUUUCCUUAUUAAAAAUUGUUGAAAGGCUGGUUUUGUAGCUUUCAUUAGACCUUUACUCUUCGUUUCAUGCCUAGGUCAUGUCUAAAAUGGACCAGGCUUCCAAAGAAGCAUGGCAGUGGGUUGAAAGCACAGAAGCUGGAGCCAUAACAAUUGAUCAUAUUCAGACUUCAUACAGGCUAAAAGUUGCCACUUGCAAACCUGGAAAAUGCAAGAAAAACUGCAAAAUAAACCCCCGGUGCCUUGUUGGACUAGGAGAGAAGGUAUGGUUGGAAGAUUUGAAGGUGACUGAAGAAGAACAAGAGGACCCUUGUGACAUUGUGCGGAAAGAGGGCAAUUUCGUUGGGCUGACCAAUCUGGGAGCAACUUGCUAUAUCAAUAGCCUCCUGCAGCUCUGGUUCCACAACCCCAUAUUUCGUAAAGCAAUCUACUCCUGGGUUCCGUUCUUUGAUCCAUCAGAGAAAGAAAACAAAACUCUUGACCUGCUAGGAAUGGGGGGUUUCAUUCCGAAUUCCCCAGUGGGUAAACUACAACUGCUGUUUGCUCAAAUGCAAUUUUCUAAAAGAAGUUGUGUUAACCCAACAUCAUUAAUCACCUCACUCGGGAUUGACACCACCACCCAGCAAGAUGCCCAAGAAUUUUCUAAAUUGUUUCUUAACCUGUUAGAAGACAAACUCUCACUCCAAACAGACACGACAGUUUCUACCAUGGUUUAUGAUCAGUUCAGAGGAGAAUAUGAAUAUGUAACAAGGUGUUCAAAAUGCCAAAAGGAGUCAUCAAGUCCUUCAGCUUUCUACGAGUUGGACUUGAGCCUUGGUAGUAAGAGCGACGUUACGUUGGACGAAUGUCUUGCCGAGUUUUUGCAUGAAGAAAAACUAGAAGGGACAGACCAGUACUUUUGUGAAAAUUGCAGUAGCAAACAGAAUGCGACGCGGAGCAUUCGCCUUCGUCACUUGCCCGCCAUGCUCAACAUUCAACUCUUGCGAUUCGUUUUUGAUCGGAAAACCGGACUGAAGAAGAAAGUCAGCUCCAUGGUGCAUUUUCCUUUUGUUGUCGAAAUGUCAAACUACGUCGAAACUCAGGGUGUGGCACCUAGCAGUCUUACUUACGACCUUUCGGCCGUGUUAAUUCACCGAGGACCCAGCGCCUACAGUGGGCACUAUAUAGCACACAUUAAGGACCCAGUAACUGGAACUUGGUACAAGUUUAACGACGAAGUUGUGCAAAAGAUUGAGGGCACCAAUUUCAAAUUGGGAAUCGAAGAAGACUUGGAAGAUUCUAAAAAAGGUCGAACUGGUGCCAAAGUUACUAAAGGGAGUCAUGGUUCCAGCAACGCGUACAUGCUCGUGUAUAGUCGACGGGAUGCUGCCAAACCAGAAAGCGUUCCUGCUUGCUCUACAACCCCAUUGCUGUCAGAUCCCUGUUCUGUUCUGCCUCCCUGGGUUCAAACUACUAUCUUUAACGAAAAUGAAAACUUCGAAGCCUGGACCCGGGACACAGCCUCUCGGAAAGACGAAAGUUUGAAGAAGAGUAGAGAGAAGCAUUCCAAAAUGAGACGUUUAUACGGCAGUCUUCCAUGCAACUCGCUGGAUCAGGGUGAAUUUGUACCUACCCAGUGGCUGUCGAGUUGGCUGGGAAAUGACGAGAAGUUAAGACCAAUUGACAAUUCCAUUUUACUCUGUGAGCACGGCAAACUGAACCCAGAGAAAUUCCGAGAAUACAAACUCGUUUCUUCCAACGCGGCUGACGAGUUGUACGCCGAAUAUUCUGGUGGCAGACGUCUGAACAUCAACGACCUGUGCUGGGACUGCGUUACGACUAAAUGCAUCACGAGUCAACUUCGGUCUCAACUGGACAACGAAAGCAAAUUGAUUGCAAAUCUGCUAAAAAGCAAAAUUGAUCCAAACCAACCCGCAUUCUGGAUCGGCAAGGAAUCUUUACGCUCCUGGAAGAAAAUGGUGCUCGAGCGGAUGGUGAAUUCUGAACGGGAAUCGAUGAAAGUAAAAAAUGGCGUCGAUAGUGCUACCAAUCAAAUCGAAGAAGCAACCAUUUCCGAUCUGCCCAUCACAUCGAAACAUAAGAUGGAAAGAAAGCGAAGCAACGGCCAGUAUAAUGGGAGCCGUUCGAUUGUUUCGGAACGUUUUGAUCGGCAACCGGAUCGAAGCGAGUGGCAAGUUGAGUUUGAAAAAACGUUGGAAUGGGAAAAUAGGCCCUCGUCUGCGUCUUCGUUAGGAGAAAUAGGAUUCAAUGAAGACCUAUUAUGCCCUCACGAUAAACUAACUGCCGAUGAAGGACCACGUAGGCUGAUCCAUUCGGCUGUGUGGGAAAUACUGCAUCGUCACUUUCCCGAGGCCAUUGAAUUUUCCUCAUCUGAACCUCCCUGCGAAAAGUGCAUUAGAAUGGCGGAACAAGAAGGUCAGACCAAGGAGUCGAACCGACUGUUGGCCAUGGAACAAAAAUCGUUGCUUCAGGAUCUGUUUCGAUCUAAAAACCGUCCGGAUCCUUUUGAGGAACAAAAGGGCGAAAUUUACGUCAUCGCCAAGGAAGUGAUCGACAAGUGGAGAUCCUUUGUCAGGGAUUCUUCCAGGAAGGAGCCAGUGACGUGCAUGUCUAACGCCCAGUUGCUCUGCCACCACGGCGGAUUACUUCACCGGCCAUCGCCCGACCUCGAGUCCGAGUCCAUGUUCGUUUAUUUGUGGCCCUGCGAAUGGGAGGCUCUGUCGAGAUUCGCCAAAGUGGACAGGGUCAUCCUAUUGCGUCGCGUCGUCCCAGAAGGCACCGGGACCGGCUUCUCUCUCAACACGGAACCAGCCGUGUGCGAGAGCUGCCUGGAGAAGCGGUUGGAGGAGGAGCGUCGGUCGCAGCUGGUCUACAGCCGGGCAGCCAUCUACGUCCGCCAAGUUGACAAAAUCGGAGCCCUAACUGACAACCUCACCGACGCGCCCUCGGCCUCGACCUUUUCGUCUUCCGUCGCCGAAGAUCCCGACUUCCAGAUGGGAUCGGAGACGAAGAGACCUCGACUAGACAGCACGGCCCAGGCCUUGGCCGUGUCUUGCCCAGUGCCGGCCCUGUCACCGGCCACGGUGGGCCAGCAGCAGCAGGCCAGGAGGAGCUCCCGCCAAAGACGAGGCCGCGGAGAGAAGGAGAUCACCGUCUCGUCCGAUCAGACCCUACUCGAUCUCAAGCGUGACAUUAUGAAAAAGUUUCAAGUGGCGCCGUUCGACCAGCAUUUGACGUGCGAAGGACGUGAUUUGAACGACAACCAAGCGACGCUGGCCUCUUUGCGCAUCUUCCCCGGCACCGUCAUCAUCCUUCAGGCGGAUGAGCCGUCGGAAGAUCCGUCCCUUAUGGAAGACUAUGCACGGACUGCCAUUCCCGAAGAAGGAUUCAAAGGAACCGAACUCCUCCGUAGCUGAAUCGCAUCCGGCGUCCAACCGUCAAGUGCCUAAAAAAAAAAUAAACAAACACACACACAAAAAUUCAGCUGCUGCGACGUUUGUCUCUCUCUCAUAACGGACGUCAGCAUAUUUUCUUUCUACUCUCUACUCUUGUUUGUUAAAUUGUUAUUAUUAAACUGGCGCGUCAACUUUUUUUUUGCAAAAGAACAAAAAAGUAAAAAAUUCAAAUUAAUAACUUACUGGGUAAAAUUUAAUUUGUUUCGUUUGAUUGUAACUCUGUGCUCAAAGAAAUAAAAAUUGCAAACUUUAAAGAAAGAGAGACAGGUUAUAUCAGCUACACCCCCGUACAUUUUGAUCGUCCGCUGUCCCAAUUUGUUCCUAACGAUAAAUCUUCCCUUUUUGUCCUCCGUAUAAAUGUCAACUGAUUUAUUUAUAUUUUAUUACGUCACCUCUUCUAUUUUUUUCUUUCGUUAUGGCGCGUAUUCUUCACACUCUACCAACAACUUUUUUCUUAUCUAAUUGGAUCUCAGAAAUUAACAAACAACAACAAAAAAAUGGGGUGUGUGUGUGUGUGUGGAGAUCUUGGUAGAACACAAACAAAACAAAAAAAUUACAUACAAACUUGAACACACAACAUUCUACUACAGUAAUAGUAAUACACAAAGAAAUUCGAAUGUAA